CAGUCAAAACGCCUCCUAAUAUGAAUAGAAAUAAUGCAAGCCCAAUCGCCAGACACGAUCAUGGUCCUACGAUAAAUACAACCAACAUCCCAAUCGAAAGGUCAUCCUGUAACAGCGUACAACUGGAUAAUCUAGAAAUAAAUUAUGCAAAUCCAAGUAUCACUGAAAUCCCAUCGGCUAAAUCUAAAACAUCAGCUAGGUCGAGGGAAAAUAACGCAAGUUUAAUCACCAUCGAAAGUCCAUCUCCCAAACAAAAUCCAACCCAAAACUACCAUGAUCGCGACCCGAACAAAAAUAAAAUUGAUCCUGCCAACACAGACAAAACGAAAAAAGCUCUAGUAGCAUGCCCGUUUCUGGAAAGGCGGGGAUACUGUUUAAAAGUACACAGAUGUGACAUGAGAAUGACCUACCGGGAACACGCGGAAAGACAUGACCUUCUUACAUGA